AUGGAUUCCACGAGUGUUUUCCUUCUCGCAGUCAAAUGUCUUCUCGUACUCAUUCCCUUUCUGAUCCUCGUCCAUUACGGCAUCGCCAACUACGAGAACUGGGCCAAUCGGUGCGUCGACGAAGCCACGCGGCACCACAUCGAAGUGUGCACUCUCGUGAGUCUUAUCAGGCUGGAAGUAUUUCUGUCCCAGUGCGCCCUAAUUUGACUUUUUCCAGGACCUCAUAAACUUCGACUUGGACUACCGUAAGUGGGAAGAGUCCAACUUUCCGUCUCAAGACCAAAAGCUCAUCGAGAACCUCAAAAGACAGUGUGAAGAUGUUCAGGUACCGUUGCAAAUGCUCCUGGUAUUCAGAACCGUUCAUUAUUUAGAAAUGUUUCAAAAGCAUACGAGGAAAAUGCGAGGACACGAAGCAAAUCGUCGAAAACUUUCCCACGUGGCUACGGCGAAUCGAAUUCUUCAGCGGACACUUUGCAAAGUGCGCCGGAAAAGUGAAUCUCAAAGACACAAAGUCGAAUGAAUUGUAAUGGCAAGUUUCAGAUAAACCAGAUAUCCGGAAGGGCUCCGUGCGCACAACAGUACUUCCGAAUCGAGUUCAUCGAGAAGAAACGGCGAGAAAAGUGCGAGAUAAUGCGAGAAAACGAAGAGUGUAUUCUGGAGAAAGUGGCAAAGACGUGCGCCCUCCAGAUGGCCGCAAUCAUGAAGAAUGUGAGUGGUAGCCGCAUAGAACACUCAACGUUUUCCGUCAUUUCCAGCACUUGGCCACCGAGGCAGCCUUGAUCGGAUGCUGA